AUGAGUGUCGUGUACGAGGCCAGAAGCUUCAUCCAUGACGGGAGCUACCCCCCGAUCGGCGAUCCCCACGAGCACGACGCCGUCCAGCCCGACGACAUCCCGCGCUUCGACGAUGCCGACGUGAGCGAGCUCGCCGCUGUGGCCGCGAGCUACAACGCCGCCACAGCUCCCAUCCUGACCGAGGCGGACACCCGCCUCGACCUCGCCCCGCCCGAGCUCACAAAGGAGGACUCGCCCGCGACCUCGCCGACGCCCGUUCGGAUCAAGGCGAUCCCAAAGCCCGAGCGCGACAUCCAGAAGAACGCAAACGGCAUGUACGAGUGCUCCUGGCCGAGUUGUGAGGAAGACGUGAAGGAGUUCUCUCGAAGGUGCGAGUGGAAUAAACACAUGGACAAGCACGAGCGUCCGUACCGUUGCCUGGCGGAAGGCUGCGAGAAGCUGCCCGGCUUCACCUAUUCCGGAGGCCUCCUCAGGCACGAGCGCGAAGUCCACAACAAGCACGGCGGACCCAAGAACCCGCUCCACUGCCCUCACCCGAACUGCAAGAGGCACUCCGGCAAGGGCUUCUCGCGCCAAGAGAACUUGAACGAGCACCUGCGCAGGGUCCACACCGGCGAAGGCGGCGCUCCCAUCGUGGCGGGCGGCGAUGACUCGGACGAGGUGACCAGCGAGACGGGCGGCAACAAGCGCAAGCGGACCUCGGUCGGCGACGACGGCGAUCUCCGGGAGGAGAUCAAGCGCGUCCGGAUGGAGAACGAGGAGCUCCGCCGCCAGGUCGAGGCGCAGAACGCGCAGACCAUCGCCAUGAUGCAGCAGAUCGGGCAGCUUCAGCAGGCGCUCCAGCCGCAACUCCAAGGCCUCGGCCCCCCUACCCCCGCCGCAUCGAGCUACUAG